AUUGCGGGCUCAGCGUUAUUUAGUACACGGUUCAGUUCCGGAAAAACUUUUUAUCUUAUAACUCUUUGAUUCUAGAUUUUUACCUCCUUUUUCAGUAUUUUUAACUUAAAAAUGUCGCUGUUUGCCUGCACAAAGUGCCAUUCUAGGCAUCCGUUUGAGGAACUUUCGCGAGGAGACCAACUUUGUAAGAAAUGCAGGAAAUCAUUUCCUCUUGUGACUUGUACCUUUUGUCGUCUGGAGUUCCAUCUUUUAGAUAAAACAGAGAGACCAGUUUGCAAAAAGUGUGACAGCAAUAUCAAGCAAUAUGGACAGCCUACAUGCUGUGUGUACUGUAACAUAAGAGCGGCGUUUAAUGGUGAUAAGUGCUCACGGUGCGAGAGCUCAGAGAAGAAGUAUGGGACGCCUGUGUUGUGUGAACAAUGCAAACUCAAAUGUGCAUUCAAGAAGUCUGAUGAAUCUAAGGAGAAGGUUGAUGGGAAGGUUUUGUGUUUGCUCUGUACUCUGUCAUACAAGCGCCUUGUACAUAAGUCCAAAGGGAAGGUCCAUGGUCGCUCCUCAUCACAGCAUAAAGGUGUAAAGCGAAGCCACCAUCAUCCCAAGCAUGAGAAGAAGUCAAAAGUAGCCAAACUUCAAGAGAGUAAACAAUCUUCACAAUCAUCACGAGACAGUCCAGUCACAGCACUCGGGCUGUACAGUGCUAGCUCCGGCAACAGUGACACUGGUGGUGAAGCUAUCAUGUCUGGCCAAAUGGCGGAACUAAAUGAUUUGAAGGAACAGGUUGCAAAGCUGAAGAGGCAGUUACAGCAAAAGGACCAAGCCCUUCUAGAGAAAGAAAAAAAGUUGACUGAGCUUAAGGCUGAGAACUGGGAAAAGGAGAAGGUUUCCAAGAAGAAAGUCAUGAGUUUGCAGAAGGAGAUGACGGACAGGAUAGACACACUGCAGACGGAAAAUAGAAAUUUAAGGAAACAGUUGUCGUCACUAUCCAGGACCCCCAAACCAGAGAAAGCCUCGGCGAGCACCGCCAGCUGACAAACUGAAAGCUAAGCGAAUAUUUUUCAUUGCAUCGAGAUUUGUAUAGUUACCACCAUUCGCAAUAAUCACCCCGGUAAGUUUCAAACUGCAAAAACCCUUCCGUCAGUCUGAGGUGUUUCGUGCACUUAGCUUCAAGCGCAGGUUACCCAGUACUUGACUGGUGUAAAUGAAGUUUGCUGCUCGCAUACGGGACAUACUGUAUGGCGUGUGAUAGUGGCGCCCUGCUCAAAGACCAAGCAACUCAGAGAUGUACCAUGCACUUUGCCUCAGGCGCAGGUAACCCAGCUAGACUGAUGUAAAUAAAGUUUGCUGCUCGCAUACGGGACAUACUUUAUGGCGUGUAAUAGUGGCGCCCUGCUCAGAGACCAAGCAACAUCGUCCUUUUUACGACAUUAUAACGACUAGAUAAACCAGCUUCCCAUAUCUAACAAUAGAUCUCAUUUUUGCGUGCGUCUGUCCUCUAAUAGAUGCACAGAUGACGUCACAGCGUGUCAUGAGCAAAAAGUACGUGGCUGUUGCUCAUGACACGCUGUGAUGUCAUCUGUGCAUCUAUUAGAAAACAAGCGCAAAAAAUGGGAUCUAUUUGGGUUUUUUACAGGAAUUAAAAUGUUUUUAUGCUGACGCCAAGGGUGCGUAUUUACUCUAAUAACACAUGGACUCUCGACCAAUCAGAGCGCGCGAUUUACGAGUGUCGUCGGAAUUUUGUCGAAGCACUGUGAAGUUCAGGGAGAAUGGGGUUUAGUAUGUGUUUUUCUACUCAAACCACCAUGACAGAAUUGAAAAAUAUAACGUUACGUAACCUUUAUAAUCCUCGAUAUUUCUCUGUCAUUAUUGUGUACAAAACUGUAUAUUAUUCACCAAUGGAAUUUUAACUAACACUACGAAUCUUAGACUGCAUUAUUUGCCAAACCAAUUGUUUCUCAGUUUGGAAAUAAACUCUACAAAGGCUAGGUUCAAACGUCGUUCUUUUUUUCAUCAGCCAUAUCCAAUGCAAAUACAUGCGAAUAAAGUUUUAACAUUUGACUUGAAUGCUUGUUUUAGCGCCCUGGACGCUUAUUCGAUUCUUUGGGUCGCGAGGAAGGCACUUAUUCAAAGCGGGAUACUUAUUGAAAGCGGAUGCUUAUUUCAAAAUUCGGGGGUUAAGGAGGGCGGUGCGGGGCGCUUAUUCGAAGGUCUGCGCUAAAACGAGCCAUUACGUAUCGCAUUUGCAUUGAAUACGGCUCAUGCAUAAUACGACGGUACACGCGAUUCCAAAAGAUCUGUGAUAUCAUGUUAUUACUGGCGCUGGAGAAGCUGCUCUUGUAUUGAAAGUGAUUGUAUUUUAACCCUAGUAUAGCCAAUAUCAAAAUUGUUUUAGAACUAAGUUUUUUUAUUUAUUAUUUUUUUAUUAAAUGUGAAAGAUGACAAUCA